AACACCUUUGAAAAUUAGGCGGGAUCGAAGUAAGACAGCUGAGCGGCGAGAUCAGGGCUCGGUGAGCAUGAACCGUACGAAGAAGGCUGCAAUGGGGAGCGAGGAUGUGUGCGGAGUGUGGCUGGACACGGCGGAUCUCCGUGGGCAGAGGAAGCGGUCCAACCAGCCCAUCUCCAAGCUGCUGAACCCUUCGGCUCCCUGCCCUGCCUACAGUGUGUCUGUCUCCCUGAGCUUCACACAAACUAAACUCCAGCUACCUCCAACCAGACAGACUUCCAUCACCUCCUUCUUCAACCCACGGCCCACAGAAGCGAAGGCAGCCGGGUCUUCAUGCUCCUCCACGGCUGUGAGCGAGGGGAGGAAGAGGAAACGUGGCACAGCUGAGGCUGACUGUGACCCCAGAGCCCCUGGGCACUCCGACCCGCAGGACAGGCCGGUCUGCCAGGAUAUCAAGCCGCGUGUCUGGAGAGCUCCAGAGUGCCUGCCUCUCCUGGAUACCAUAUGUCAGUCUGACGAAGAAGAGCAGCCGGCUGUGAAGAAGAGAGUCACGGGGCGUCGCUCUGUCCUGCCCGAGCUGGACACCCAGGACGUGGCUCCCCGCUGUGGCUUCAGCAGUGUUCCUGCGGCUUCGGAGUCCCCCAAGCCCCUAAUGUCAGACUGCUUCACUCAGGAUUCACAGGGCAACUGUGUCCUGACGCACCGUGUGACUUCCGUGGGGCAGACGGUGGAAGACGGCGGCUUUCCAGACAGCCUGGAAAGCGAGUUGCUGUUUGGGGCACUUCUGUCACACACGGGCCAAACCUCUACCCAGAGGAGGCUUGGAGCGAGUCCCCGCAGAGCCCUACGGGAAGAGCCCGGGGAACAGGGCAAAGAGAACAGCUCAGCUCCGGCCUGGGCUCAGGGUCUGUCACCAGAGAAGCUCAGACCCUGCUCUAGCCCGUGUCCUGCCCUCAGGAGAUGGGAGGUCAGCUGUCCAUCACCGCGCAGGCGUGCUCCCAGAAGCCUCCAGGAAGACGAGGAGAACACCUAUGACAUGUUAUUUACACAGGAUUCCCAGGGCCAACGGGUCAUCGCGCAUCGCGGCUUCGAGCCAAGAAGUCCGCUGAAGGAUUGGACUAACACGGCCAACUGCCGUUUGCGGACUGGGUCGUCAAGUAUGUCAGUGAAGGAGAAUGAGGACUCAGAACUGGAGCCAGAAAUACUGUUUACUCAAGACUCUGAGGGGAACGUGGUGAUUAAGCACUGAUGGACAUUGUAUCACUCAUUAAGCAGUUAUGCACAGGCACCGUAGCACUGGGACGCUGUGUUUGUACACAGAUUCACUGAGGAAUUUCUGCUUCCAGUUAUAAGAACUCUUAUUAGUGCCACAGUUUACUGGUUCCUUACCUAGUUUUGUUUGAGGUUCAUUGCAGAAAAUCUAAAUGUUAAACAAAAUGGAUAAAAAUAACUACUGUAAGGAACAGAACCACCUACAGCUGAAUGAGGGAGUAUUAGACACACUUGUUUGGGGAGACAGCGCCUUCUAGUGGUCACAAUUUCUACAUAAACUUGUCACUACAGCAGGGGUAGGGAUCCUGUUCCACGGAGGGCCGGUGCGGGUGUUUUGGGGUGACCUCUCAAUCAGCCAAUAAUAACUCAGUGGUUUUCAACUCCAGUCCUGGGGACCCACAGUAAUUGGCUGAUUGAGAGGCCAUCCAAAAACCCCCACCCACAGUGGCCCUCCAUGGAACAGGUUCCCCACCCCUGCACUAAAGUCAGAUACUUUGAAAUUAUACCAGAUUCAUUAUUUGUUACCUUUUAAGGAAAAUGAUUAUUUGAUUAAUAAACUGUCACAGGGAA